AUGGGUAAUACACAAUCAAGCACCAAGGAAGAAUCGGCAGCCAAUGAUGGUCAAAGUGGGGGAGGACAAGAUUCAAUCUCGAGAUUAAGCCGGUUCAAUACAGGUCUAUCAUCUGAUUCAUCUUCUGGCUUUCAAUCUCUCGCGCCCAACGUUUCGCCUCAGCUGAGAAGGCUAAGUACAACAGCAACCGGAAGUGCAGCACAUCAUGAACGUUCAAAUCGAAAAAGAGGCGUUUCACAUGGCGGUACGAAUUUGUUUCCAGCAUCUACAAAUGAUGAAAGCGGCGGUGGAAGUGCGAGUUUGUUGAGAGCUUUCUCUUCCGAUCGUAGAGCAUCUGCAUCGGCCAGUAGUUCUCCCAGAACGUUGGAUAGAGAACAGGCUUGGAUUCGAUCCGCUUUACCUGGUUCAUCAGGGGCGAAAGGGGCUCCGUCUACGUCAUCCAAUCGAAAUCGAUCUCGUUCGGGCAGUAUUGGAAAUCUGUUGAGCGGAGGAUCAAUUCGUAGAAGUUCAGCGCAAACACCUUCUGGUGGUCAAGUAGAAGGAGCGACUGGAACGUUUACGCCAACAGGUGGACGUGGAUCGGAAUUGGUAUUCAGACGAAAGAAGAGUAUCGAGUUGAGCGAUAUGGAUGCAGGAUUAACAUUCAGUGGCGCUGGACAAACUGGGUAA